AUGAAGGACACUACAGAUAAAGAAGAUAUGAGUGAGUCACUAUCUUCAGAAAGCUUGGAAACGCAAUCCAUCGACUCGAACCUGUCACGCGCCGACCUCUCCAGUUUAAGUACAUCUGCUGGAGAGGAUGUUGGAAGUGGAAGAACUGUUGAGCAGUUGGAUUCGGAAAAUACAGGGGGUGCACAGAUAGGUAGGAGGAGAUCUUCGCUCAUAAGAACGUUAUCGAAUAACAUUGUGUCGAGAACUUCGACUCUUAUGGAUGCAGUUAGAGAUGAUAGUGCAUACGCCUCGGCACACGACAAAAAGAGACCAGAUUAUGGUGCAGAGUUGUACAAGUCACAGAGUAUACUUCCGACGGAUAUAGAAUCGCAGAGGGGAGAAAAAGAAGCACCAGCCGAAUCAGCAUCUGUGUCUGGGGGUGAGUCAGCUGAAACAGUUAGUGAGGUUUCUGAGAAAGAGAAGGAAGAGUUGGAUGUUCCACCGGAUGGAACUUUUUGGGGAUGGACAACUUGCAUUUGUAUUAUGUUGAUAAAUAUGUGCUCGUGGGGUACAAAUACCGUCUACGGUGUGUUUCUUGAUUAUUAUGUGAGAACUAGCAGGUUUCCAGGUGCUACGAUGGAGGAUUAUGCAUUGAUCGGAGGUCUUUGUAUUGGUCUGAGUUUCAUGCUCAUCAGUGUAGCAAAUACUUUGAUCAGAAGAUUCCAUUACAGAAUUGUGAUGGCAUUUGGCGCUUGCCUUGUGAUUAUUGGCUUUUGCACAGCCUCUGUCGCCAAGACAAUUACUCAGCUUAUCAUGCUUCAGGGAUUUCUUCUUUCGAUUGGCUUUGCAUUAACUUCCGGACCAACAUUCGUUAUGAUUCCAUCUUGGUUUCUUAAGAAGAGAUCUGUCGCACAGGGUAUUGGAGCAGCUGGUGUUGGAUUAGCCGGUGUUGUUUUCAGUAAGCCUGUCCAACAUAUGAUACAGGAAGAUGAUAGUCCUGUCUGGGCAUUAAGGAUGCUUGGUAUCACGUGUGGUGUUGUCUUGUUCAUAUCUAUUAUUCUUGUUCGUACUAGAAGACCACUGCAGGUUAAGUCUGAUUCUUUGCUAAAGACGAUAUGGCAUAAUUUCACUCGUUGGGAUAUUCUCUUCAGGAUGCCAAUGUUUUGUGUCAUUUUCUGGAAUUUCCUUUUUAGUCUUUCUUUCUCUAUUCUUCUCUUUUCUUUCUCCUCAUACAGUACGGCAAUUGGUUUGACUACUUCACAAGGUGCUAUGGCUACCCUGGUUGAAAGUAUUGCCCAAACCGUUGGAAGACCAAUUUUGGGCUUACUUUCCGACCGUUUCGGUAGGGCAAACACAACAAUUUUUGUUUGCACUUUAUUGGGAAUCCUUUCCAUGGUCUGGUGGAUUUUCGUUAAGAGUUAUCCAAAUUUGAUUAUAUUUGGUUUUGUUGCAGGUUUCCUCAUGGGUAUUAAUUGGGUCAACUUCUCACCUCUCAGCGCUGAUGUUGUUGGAGGUGGUGAUGAUUUGUUGGCAGCUAUCUCUCUUCUAACUUUCUUCGGAGGCAUGCCACAGAUAGUUGCCGAAAUUAUUGGCCUCAAACUUAAGCGCCCAGAAAUGUCGCAACCUUUCUUAUAUUGCCAGAUUUUCGUCGGUGUUGCCAGUAUAAUCAGUGCUGUGGUGUUGCUACCUUUCAGAUGUUGGAAAAUCAGUAAGAUUCUUCGGGCCAGACAGGCUGCUAUAUUGGCUGUGGAUCCACUUAAGAGGACCGAAAAAGACCGCAUCAGACUAGACAGAUACCAUGUUCUUUUGAAGCCUGGUCUUUCGGGAAAGCUUAUGAGAACAUUCUAUCCUAUUAAAGCAUGA